UGGGCUACAUCAUAAUCCAAAAAUCAGCGAUCCGCACAUAUCUGUGAGAUGUCCUCCUUAAUCAGGAUGAGUGUUAAAUAAGUAGCGCCCAGUGUAUACAUGUAUUGACGUAUGGGAGUAGGAUCAUACGCCGGAUGUACAUACUGGAUGCUGACUGUCCGCCUUCCACCUGCAACAUAACGGAUAAUCUAGUCAAUCUCUUCUGUGAUUUGCUGUUCUCUUUUACUAGCGAUGUAAAUGAUGUCAUAACGCGAAGUCUAUAUAAGUUCUUGUGAUGCCUAAUAUCGGAAUCAGUAGUCUGAGAUUUACUUCUGAGACUGCUUCUAAUUACGAUUUCCUAGCGUUGUGAACUGUGAUGUGAAUUGGAUAAAGAGACAGCAAUACUUGUUCCUUCUGAUGUACAUGAUCGAUCCCGGAUUAUUGCAUAGAAUACAGGUUUGCUCGUGACACAAUCGUCCUAGCUCUUGCCGAUCCUCACAGGACUUACGACCGGAAGUUGUGGUUAGUGUGUUCCUGAGGGAUUCCUGACUUGUGUUCCUGAAUCGUUCGUCUUAUUUCCACCAUAGUUCUUCUGUUACAGUUUGAGAGUACGAGUGCCUACCGAUUGAGCAUUACAGGCGUGGAAGAGUAAAGAUUGUUCAUGGAGCCUUAAACGGCGUGAACGCUUAUACACGACAGUAUUGUGCGGGCGUAUUAAUUUUAAGAGAACUGCACAAACUUUGCCGCUUACUUUACAAGUUAGUCUCAGUUGCAGCAAUGUAACAGAGUUCUGUCGUGCUGUUGCGAGUUUGAUUUAACUUAUCAGCUUUUUAACUACAACUGUGAUUAAAUCAACCCGGUUUAUCGCAAUCUCCAGUGAUAUAUUAUGAGACUCGCAUGAAGGAUUCCAUCAUCUCGCACGAGCAUUUCGAUGCCGACCGUCCGUGCGUUUUCGUCUGAGGCUGUGACAGCAUGAGACCCCCUUCGAAAUGGGGGCGCCGUAGCAAACGCUGCUUAACACUCUUCUGUCUGGGUUUCGCUAUCAUCCUGGUCAUCGUCCUCAUCGGCGUAUUCCCCAUCGGAUGGAUCCUCUUCCCACCCCGACUCCCUUCCCCCCACCCAGUAGAACCGUCUCCGAUGCGGCCGCCAUUCCGCCCCCCUUCAUCCUCCCCGCCCCGGAGAUCGCCCACGACCACGACGACCCGGAGCCCUAUCCCCACCAGGAACCGGCCGUCCCCGCCGACCCCCAUCCCGAUUUCACCGUGGACAUCUAUUCGGACGCGGCCAUCGGGAUCUAUCUGUGGCAGCACAUCUUCAAAGCCAGCACCACCAGUAAACUGGGGGGCAGCCUGUUGUACGGCUUCCACAAGGUGGACGGGCUGAGUUUUCGCUUCCGCACCGGCCCGGCGCUGGCCGCCACCGAGACCAUCACCGAGCCGCACGUGGUGCUGGUGGUGAACGGGCGGACGGAGGGGAAAGUGCUGCGGGCGCGGCAGUGGCUGGAAGUGACGGCGCGCUCGCCCCUGGUGGAGAAUGUGGGGCUGGUGCUGCUGGGCAACGAGCAGUGCAAUAAUGAAUGGCUGCUGUGGUAUCUGGAGAGCUCCAAGUAUAAGAUCCGCGUGGUGUUCAUCGUCUACGACAGUACGCUGGUGGAUGGGAAGAGAGUCUUUCAGUGGCCGCUCGGUGUGGCCACGUACAGAGGAUUUCCGCUGCUGGAACUGCAGACGGGGGAUAUUGUCGGGCAGCGGCGCUAUUUGUGCCAUUUCAUGGGGACAGUGUACAGGAAUAAUUCCAGGAUGCAGCUGGUGAAGGCCCUGGAAGGCUCAAAGUUUACAGAGAAAUGUUAUAUUAAGACGCGCUACGAGUGGCCGGAAAGUGAAACAGAGGACAGCGCAUCGGAUUACCUGAAAACCCUGGAGACAUCGGAGUCGGUGCUGUCACCCCUGGGGAUGAACGCGGAAUGCUACCGCAUCUACGAAGCCCUGUCGGUGGGGGCGCUGCCGAUCGUUGAGGACCAAAAAUCUCCGGGUAUGUGUGAUUCUCCCUAUCGCCUUCUCAAGGAGUUCAAUGUGCCUGCCUAUUUUGUGGCCGACUGGGAUGAGCUGGAGACCACGCUGGAGUAUCUGGCGUCCUUGUCCGAGGAAGAACUGCUGCAUCAGCGGCAUAAAAUCAUCAGAUGGUAUGCCAAGUUUCUCCAGCAGAUGCGCGACAGAUUUGUUAAUGUUAUUAAACAGACUUUUAUAAUUCAAAAAUGAAUCUGGGAAGCCGGUGGCUUUGCUUUUAUUGUUUUAAUUUGUACAUAUGGAGGAGGUUGUUUUAGAUUUUAUUUCGUCAUGCAUUUCAUGUUGUUUGAGUUUAGGCGUGGUAUUUAAUUUAUGGGUCACUUUGAAUUCAGCAGUGCGGAAAAUCGGAAAUAAUUAAAACCGCAGUUAAAUUC